CCGGGGGCGAGGCGCGCUUGGACAGCCGCCGUUUGCGUUCAGGUCGGUAGCGAAGAUGUCGGCGCCAACGAUGGAGGAGAGGAAGGCGUGCUGGGGGGCCCGGGACGAGUUCUGGCAGUGCCUGGAUAGUCACGGGGACGACGCCUCCGAGUGCGAGAAGCUGCGGCUGGGCCCCAGCAGCCGCCGCUCCGCACGCGUCCCCCUGCCCUCGGCCUCCCGAACAAAGCUUGUACAAACGAAGAGAGCGUUCCUCUGCACGCUGGUAACAGCGUCGACAAGUUAAAUACUUCAAUAAAAGAAGAGACUUUUUAAAAUACAAAAGAAAGCUUGAAACAGAAGGGUAUCAUCCUCCAGAAGCUGCUGGAAAGUCUUAGGUACUCUGCUUUCAAAAUAAAUCUAGUGAGGGUAACUAUGGAAGGAAGAAGCACGAGAAAGCAACGGGAGCUGCUUGAGCUCAAGAACUGGUAACCUGACUUGUCUCCCUGAAACGCAGGCUGCCUUUCUUGUUGCAAGGUCUCAUGUGUCUGCUGAAAAAAAGAUGGUCAUGGACAGCUUUUUCAUCAGUGCAAGUCAAAGAAAUAUGGCGCAGAGCUGUUCACAAAUCUAAGGUUUUGAAUGUGUAAUUAGUCAAAUUGUUUUACAGGAAUAAAUGAUUAUUUAAGUGUAAUGUACAUAUUAUUCUAAAGAAAACAAUAAAAUUGUUUUUCAAUAAGUGAA